AUGUCUCAUGGUAUUUAUUUGGGUGAGACCCCCGUUAGAAGAACUCAAACUCCUGGUAAUCCCCUUUUAAGAAAAAUCCAGCGUGCAUGUCGUAUGUCUUUAGGAGAACCUGAUCUAGCCUUGAAUUUGGAUGUCGCUGAUUAUAUCAAUGAAAAACAAGGUGCUACCUCUAGAGAUGCAUGUGUCACUAUUGUUAGAUUGAUUAACAAUAGAGAUACCCAUACUGCUGUAUUUGCUAUAUCGUUAUUAGAUGUUUUAGUUAAAAAUUGUGGCUAUCCAGUUCAUUUACAAAUAUCAAGAAAGGAAUUCUUAAAUGAAUUAGUAAAACGAUUUCCUGAACAUCCUCCAAUGCGUUAUUCUAGAGUGCAAAGAUUAAUUUUGACUGCCAUUGAAGAAUGGUAUCAAACUAUUUGUAAACAUUCUUCUUAUAAGGAAGAUAUGAAUUUUAUUAGAGACAUGCAUAGAUUAUUGAAAUACAAAGGGUAUGUAUUCCCAAAGAUUGAUCAAGCCCAAUUGUCCGUGUUGAAACCAUCCAAUCAUUUAAAGACUGCUAGUGAAAUUCAAAAAGAACAAGAAAUUGCUCAAGCUGCCAAAUUGGAAGAAUUAAUUAGACGUGGUAAGCCAGAUGAUUUAAGGGAAGCCAAUAAAUUGAUGAAGGUUAUGGCAGGUUUUAAAGCAGAUAAUGUAGUUCAUGCUAAGAAUUCCAUUGCUUCUGAAUUGAAGAGAUUGAAGAGAAAGGCAGAUUUAUUAAAUGAAAUGUUAAAUGCAGAUAAAUUAACUGAUUCUCAAAAUGAAACUGCAUCAGAAUUAUAUGGUUCUUUAAAAUCUGCUCAACCAAAAUUCCAAGCUAUUAUUGAAGAAGAACAAGAUGAUGAUUCUAUGGUUAGUGAUAUUCUGAAAUUUAAUGAUACUGUUAAUCAGUUACUUCAAAAAUAUGAUUUAUUGAAAAAGGGUGACACCACUGCAGCUUCACAAAUCCAUCCUUCUGCUAUUUCCACUGAUAUCCAACAAAAUUCUACAGGUGCUCUUGCAAAUGAAAUUAAUUUAAUUGAUUUUGGUGAUUCAGACAUGAAUACAUCUGAACCAAAUCAACAAAAUAAUCAAACUGAUUCAUCAACAAAUAGCAAUAAUAAUAAUAAUAAUAAUAAUAAUAAUAAUAAUACCAAUAAUGCAGAUUUAUUAAGUGAUUUGUUGGGUGAUAUGAGCAUUUCCGACAAUUCUCGUUCUCAAAGUACCUUUGGUGCUGGUGGCAGUAUCACUCUUGGCAGUCCACUACCAAGCUCACCAGCAGAACCAGUUAUCACCACUACUUCUGCAUCCACUACAAAUAACAACUCUAAUAACAACAAUGUAUUCGAUCUACUAGGCGAUACUACAAACAAUACACAAUCAAACAAUACUGUAGAUUUAUUGGGUAAUAAUUCUUCAGUUCCAUCCUCAAACCAAGCAUUAAACAAUGAUGCUGAUCUAUUUGGUGGCGUUCAAAGACAUUUAAUUAAUUCAUCAACAUAUUUAAAAAUUGAAGCAAUAAUUACUAGAGAAUCGGACUCUACUAUUAAAAUUAAGGCAUUUUUCUCAAAUGUUAAUCAAUCCCCAAUAUCAGAUUUUACUUUUAUGGUAGCUGUUCCAAAAUUAAUGACAUUAAGACUACAACCUCAAUCAAGUAAUUUUUAUCCAGGAAAUUCUAAUGAUGGUAUAACUCAAGAGGCAUAUAUUGAUAAUGCUAUCAUUAACUCAUCUAAACCUUUAAAAGUUAAAUGGAUGAGUACUUUUACAGUUAAUGCAUCUCCAGUUCAAGAAACUGCGGUAUAUGUUUUACCAAAGAUUUGA